CUGGACUCUCUGGCUGCAGAUCAGCCAAGAGCUGCAGGAGUCAAGACGCUCAUCGUUGACGAGCUGUUGCAGCGUUUUAGGACAGGCAUGGUCCUAAGUGGUGUCUGGGCAUGCGACAAAAGCGUCCUAUGUCUCCUAUCAGGGUACGUUUUUGCAAAAAGGAAUCGGAGUUCAAGCGUGCAAUAAGGGCAGCGUCUAGAAAUGAGCACGGGACUAACCAGAACCGCCGGUCCUUCCGGUUCGCGGGCCUGGAACAAUGCUUCCACGUCCCUCUCCUCUUCAGCCAAACGAAUUCAAAAGGAGCUGGCUGAGAUCAGCAAUGACCCGCCACCGAACUGCUCGGCAGGGCCCAAGGGCGACAACCUAUUUGAGUGGGUGUCGACGAUAGUGGGUCCUUCAGGUUCCCCAUAUGCGGGUGGGGUAUUCUUCCUUGACAUCAUCUUCCCCCCAGAAUACCCCUUCAAACCACCAAAGGUUUUGUUUCGCACUCGGAUCUACCACUGUAACAUUAAUGGUAGCGGCCAGAUCUGCCUAGACACCUUGAAAGACAACUGGAGCCCUGCCCUGACCGUCUCCAAAGUACUGCUUUCUAUCUGCUCACUCCUAACUGACCCGAAUCCAAGUGACCCGCUUGUUGGCAGCAUAGCCCAACAGUACCUCAAGGACCGAGCUGCUCAUGACAAGACUGCCGCUGACUGGACCCGGCGUUAUGCUGAGUAGCCACACACGCGGAUACCAUCUGAAAUUAAUGUUGUCAUAGCGGGUUGCAUAGAAAUCGAAUCUAGUGUAGGAGUCAAGGUCUUGCGCAAACAAAGCUCCAAAAGAAAGUCGGGUGCUCACCAUCUUGAUUCAAUAGUUGUAGUUUGAAGAGGCGGACGUUCUUGUGGCAGCCAGCCACCGCUCGUCAGAAGUCAUCAAAAGUCGAGUGGCAGCCCUCCUCUGGCGCUUGGUCCGGGUUGCAUAGUUCUGGAUUAACCUGGGUGGCGAGGCUAGCUUUAACUAGCUUUAGCUUGUACAUACGACGGUCAACUUUUAUUUUGAGUACUUUCUUCACUGAAUUGGAUUCUCAAUGCGCAAUUUUAGAUGCAAGAGUCUGCUUGUCAGAAUGAUGGAAAUAUAUUUUUGCGGCGCGGCCUGCAAAUCUGGAACAGCACCA